AUGGGCAUGGACAGACGGCAGAGAGCCUCAGCAGCACUCUCGCUCAGUUUUCUCUCAUUAAUCUUCUCUAUCACAGCAUUUAGCAGCAGUUACUGGUGUGAAGGGACAAGAAAAGUUGCAAAACCUUUCUGUACAGAUCAGGGGAAAGGGACUCACUGCAUCCGCUUCAAUAGCUCUGACCUGAACAAUAGCAACGCCGUUCAGUAUAUCUGGGAGACAGGCGAUGACAAGUUCAUUGACCGAAAGUUUCACGCUGGCAUCUGGUAUUCAUGUGAGGAGAUUAUUAAUGGGGAAGGUGAGAAAUGUAGAAGUUUUAUCAGUCUGACUCCACCUGCAGAUCGAGGUGUUUUGUGGCUAUCUAUUGUAGCAGAGCUACUCUAUAUCAUUUUGCUGCUAACUGGAGCCACUUUGAUGUCAAUAGAAGUGUGCUACUACACUACAGUCAUUGAUGGGUUAAAGCUCAACGCCUUUGCUGCGAUAUUCACUGUACUAGCAGGUCUCUUUGGCAUGGUCGCUCACAUGAUGUACACAACUGUAUUUCAAAUGACUGUCAACCUUGGUCCAGAAGACUGGAGACCACAGAUGUGGGAUUAUGGCUGGUCCUAUUGCCUUGCAUGGGGUUCCUUCGCUUGCUGUAUGGCUGCCUCUGUCACCGCCAUUAACAGAUACACAAAAACUAUGUUGGAAUUCAAGCGCAAACGAAAAAAGCUGGAGAGAAGUUUAAAGAAUAAAUGCAAGUUUCCAGAUCCUGGAGUUCCAGGGAAAGCUUGGAAUAUGUAGUUUGGGCUAGAUCCACAAAGAGACUGCUACAUUAGCCACCUAACUCCACUGAGAUCCUCAACGCCACUGUUCAGAUGCUGACUGGUCAGGCAAAUACAUACAUUUUUACCAGC